AUGUCGCAACCGGAAGAACACCGCAUCAACCAAGGCGAUUGGUCCAAGGUCUACGGCGAGCCCACCACCAAACCAGGCUCAAUCAGCGUCGACGAACUCACAUCUUGGUACGCCGACAAGACCCCUGGCAAAGACUUUGUUGUCAUUGAUGUGAGGCGUGCAGAUUGCGAGUAUAUUAUCCCAGGAGCUAUCAACCUUCCAGCCCACUCGAUGCCAGCGACAUUGCCGACAAUGGUCAAUAUGCUCUCGACCAUUCCGAAGCUCAUCUUCCACUGCAACUCGAGUAAACGUCGAGGAACAAGGACGGCUGGAUGGGUAGCAGAUGCGCUUGUAAAGGUGCACACGCAGGCAGGAGCGUCCGAGGCACAAGCAGAUGAGAGUAUUGCAAAGCAGGUUCUCAUCCUUACGGGUGGCAUCAAUGCCUGGACAGAGAAACAUGGCAAGCGUCGUUUCGAAAGCAGAGGUCAGCCUUGGGAUGGCAAGUCGCUGGCCACGAUUCCGCUAUAG